AUGUAUGAAAUUCCUUGUAGAUUAUUACUUGGUCACAAGCAGGAAGGCCUUGAUGGCGCGUGGACCAAACAAUUCCUACUAGCUGUAAAAGAAAUUAGCCCAGAGUCAGCUGACGAUAUGAAAAGGAAGGUGAUCCUGGAGCAUACUAAGUCCAACUUGUGUUCCUUUUGGCAAGAAGUGAUCAUUGAAAGACUACAGCGUAAAAUUCAAAAUAAUUAUGAUAUGGAAACCCUUUAUACGUAUGAUGAAUCGAGUAAAUUUUAUGGAAAACAGUUUCGCUUACCCUACACUGAUCAGACUAUUGAGGCAACGUCCUCGCAACAUCAUUCUAGAAAUGGAGAGGAAAUAUUAGACAAUUAUGAAUUAGAAAAUGACGAUGAUGUUACGGAUGUGGAUGAAGAGUCAGAUUAUAGUGAAACCGAAGACUCAUGUGAAAUGCUUGAUUUUACAGAAUUCGAUGAAUCUUAUAUAGCGAUGGAUCCCGAAAAAAUAAAAUUACACAAAGAAUCAUGUCUACAUUCAUUCAUCCUAAACAACACCGACAAAAACGCUAAAACAAUAUUUUUAAAGGAAGAAUGGAAAGAGAUUUUCUCAACUGAUGUUCAAAAGAAGCUGGAGAUUGAAGCUCCACUACUUGAAUUAAUUAAAAAAUAUACCCUUGAUAAUGUAAAUGAUUUGAGGAAAUCUCUCCUACAGCCAUUCGAUAGUUUUACUUCGGAUCAAUCAAAGCUGGAAGUAAGGGGUAAGGGUAUGAGCUUCGCCUCGAGUGACAGAAAAAAUGACGGUAAGAUAACUUCUGAUCGCAAGAAAAUAGGGAGAAAGGGGGACGGAAUUUUCAGAAUCACAACAGAACGCAUAGAACUUGGAGCUGUAGAAGCUGGUCGCAAAUGGAAGGGAUUAAAUGGGACGAAAUAUUUGAAGGAUAACGCACCAAGGAGAUAUAUUUGCCGUAUCAAACGUGGAAAAAUUUACGAAGUUAAUGGUCGUUUAACAAAGAUACAGCCAUUAGGUUUCGUUAUCAAAGAAAUUUUACGUGCUAAAGUAAUAAUUGUGAAGACUUUAGACUUGAUCAGCAAUGAUAAAUUAAACGAUUUGUUCAAUGAUACUGACGAUGAUGAUUACGAUGACAUCGAGAAUAAUCUAGAAAAGCCCAGAAGCUUCACACCACCUCCUAAAACGUUCUCCACACCCCGCACUUCAAAGACGGAAAAUAAACUAAAAAAACGAUUUUUUUUUCCUUAA